AUGGCCAUGUCGACAUCCGAGACAGAAUCCCACCAUACUCCUACGAGUCUCAUCAAACUCUUCUCAAAAAACGACCAAAACAACAACAACUUCGGCAACAAAUUUUCUAGCAGCAACAACAACAAUUUUAACAACAACAACAACAACAUCAAAUCACCCAACAAAUUUUCCAACGGCAACAACAAUAACUUUAAUUUCAGCAACACUUCAGAAAAUUGUGCACACUGUGACGAGCGUGUGUACCAAGUCGAGAAGAUUGGGCCGGUUAACGGCGUAACCUUCCACAAAAAAUGCUUCAAGUGCUGCCUUUGUUCUCAGAUGUUUUUAAACUUUCAUCCCUCUGACAAAUGUUUCUCCAACUCAUUCCAGAUUCUCUCCCUAAAGACCUACUUCACCAACCCCAUUGACAGCAACGAUCGCAAACUCUACUGCUCCAAGGACUGUCCCAAACUACCCCCGACAAAUUUUGAUGCGAGUGCCGUCAAUAUCAGAGCCGCCAUGUUAGCUCCAGCUAGAGGUGUCAAAGCAUCCGGUGAUGUCAUACGGUGGUACGGGGAUGUGCCUAAAAUAGGGGCAGACGCAUUGCAUAUUAGAGAGGCCAUCCAGGCGCAGAGCGAGUUUGAUAGGAAGUACCUGCUAAACAACAGGCAUCAGUUCCCUGCUUGGAUCAAAACAAGAGGCAAGUUGUUGAAGUACCAGGAAGAGCUGGAGAGGAAGCAGAGGGCAGAGGAGGAUGAACUUGUCAGAGCCUUUCACGACGAAAGAAUCAAGGAAGCUGAAAACGUGGAGUUGGAAAUCAAACAGGAAUGGGAAUCGAAUCUGAAAAAAUUGUUGGAACAAAAUAAAAUGAAGAGAAAAGAAAGCAUGACGUACGAAAGAGACGUAGACGAUUUGAAGAAGACUCUGAACAAGAAGCGGCACAGCAGGUACGAAGCUCUGACCACGAAGUUACAGGCUAAAGCCCAGGAGAGGACUGCCACCAUGGUCAAGAAGCACAGCGAGGAGAUGUUAACUCUACUCAAAGUUAAGCAGAUGGAGCUUAAAAAGGAAAUUGUUACCGAAUUGACCAACGAAGAUGACGAGCAAAUGUUUUCGGAUGCCCUGUCCGUCAUGACACUCCCGUCCGAGAUUCCCGGACCGCACCCACCAAGGUAUCGGAAGAGGGAUCUCUAUAAGGAUCCCUCUGUCUUCGCCGAUCUCGAUGAAGAAGUUUUCAAAGUGGCUGAAACCGAGCAGUGUACGUUUACAGACCUAGUCGAUCAGCUAACUGCAAAUUGCGUCACAGAUCUUGAAAAAGCGAGAGCCAUAUUCCGAUGGAUAACAGUGAAAGAUUUGAACGUAAUGGAAUUCAGCGAGACAGUAAAGCAAGACACCCCCUUGGGCUUGCUCCGUGGCAUCAAGUAUGGUACUGAAACCUACCACACGCUGUUCAUGCGGCUUUGCAGCUACGCUGGUUUGCUCUGCAAAGAGGUCAAAGGUCACUCAAAAAGCGUCGGCUACGAGCCGGGCAUGAAGGUGAGGCCUGAGAUUUUCCUGAAUGUCUGGAACGUGGUGCUCAUCAAUGGAGACUGGAGACCUGUGCAGUGCAACUGGGGAGCUAGACAUCUGGUGAUGCACAGAGAUCCCCAACAGCAGCAGAGGCAGCAGCAACAACAAAAACAAACAACCAAACUACGCGACAAAAUCAGGUACGAAUAUGACGAGCACUACUUCCUGACAGAUCCAGACGAAUUCAUCAUGGAGUUCUGGUCACUCGACCGGGACUGGCAACUUCUCGAGAACCCUAUAACUCUGGAAGACUUUGAGAACAUGCCUUUUGUUCGAUCCGUUUUUUUUCAUCAUGGUCUAGAGUUUGGAGAAAGUUCUAAAAAAGCCGUUCUAGAAACUGAUCAGAGUGGAGGUGUUGAAAUAAAAAUAAACAUGCCCAGCGAGUUGAAAGACGAAUUAAUAUUUCACUACCAUCUACGAUUUGCUGACAGAAGCAAGAGGAAAGAGACUCAUUAUAACGGCGUAGACAUGGAGAGAUAUGUCUUUCACAUUAUAAAUGAUCAAUUAUCCUUAUUCAGCGUUCAUGUCCCCGCAGUUGGAGAGUACUUCUUAGAAAUAUUUGCCAAUCGAUACGACGAAAGUUGUUUCAAAUCAAAUGACAACGAUCCUCAUUACGAGAACACUGAACCAAACCAGCCGUUUAAAUUAAAAUGCGCCGCUAAAUUUAAAAUAAUCUGUUCGAAGAUAACCAGCAAGGUCUACCCCUUACCAAGUUGUGCCCCGGGGGAGUGGGGACCUGUAAAAGCUCAACGUCAUUUUGGCAUUAUCAACAUUGGUAAUCCAGUUGGAGUGCUGAAUUUAACGGAAAAAGUUACGCUAAAGUUUCAGCUGCAGAAAUGGAUGAGAAUAUUAGCUAAACUUCGUUAUAACGGGGUCGAUAAAAAUGCACUGGAAAAAUUUAUAAAUUUCACAAUAAAUGAUGAAAAGAUUGCUAUUAUAAACGUUACAUUCCCUCAAAAAGGCCAAUAUGGGAUUGAUUUAUAUGCAAAUGCAGACAACCCCGAUGAUCCAAAUGCCUCUCUAACGCAUGUUUGUAAAUAUUUGGUCAACUGCACUUUUGUAAGCAAUCCAGUAGCUUUGCCUCAAAUUCAAAGGAGCGAGUCGAUUUCGGAUAGCGUAAGGACCGAUUCACACAGAACCAAUAUUUCCAACGGAACAGAACCGCAUAAAUCUAACAACAGCACGUUAAUAUACGAAAACGACUAUACAAUGCCAGGAGGCAUAACGGAAAACCUACCAACAGUAAUUCGUCAUCAAUCUCUACAUAUGCCUGACGAAAGAUUGAUGUCCGUGAGAGGACAGAGGCUUCCAAAUCCUUAUGAACAACGGCAAUCAAACCAUUCACAAACCCACGAUCAGGGUUCUACGAACAGUCAUGAACCGAAACGAUCGUCAAAACCGAUUAUUAAUCCGUUGCCUGAACCACCAAAUUUAGGCCCAACUCCAGCCUUCAAUUUUUAUAGUCUGAAAACUCUGUCGCAUAAGUCCGCAGAAAUUGAAAAAAUUGACAAAAACGGGAAUGUGAGUGUGGAAAUAAGUCGACCAGGUCCGAACGUGAAACUGUUGCCGAAGCUGAUACUGGAGCCUGGCAAGGAUUGCACACAUCUGGUAUCUGUAAAAGAUGCGCCAAAGAAAUGCAAGUUUUCAAUGACCUUACCACGAUAUGGUCAGUACUGGUUGACCAUUUGGGCAACAAAUGAGAAGGAGCUCAACAGUAGAAUAAGCGAAGUCUUCACCUACAGCUUGAGAUUCGCUCAGUUCGAAAGUAUCAAAAAUAAAUCCAGCUUGAAUAAAAAGAUUUAG